AUGGCGAACAGGAGGUCACUAUGGUUUUACUUUGCUAUUAUUUUAGUUAUCCUAAGUACUCUCACACAAGAAACCGAAGCCCGGCGUAGGAUUCUGCGAGGUAGACGUGUGAUGACACGGACUUAUUACCGUGGUAACGCUGUCCCAGCUUGGGCUAUUAGCUUAAUGGCCGGUAUUGGUAUGCUAGUUGUCGGUGGAGUACUCUACGUAGUCAUGAGGAAGUUAGUCCUUUCAGCUCAGACAGGAUCACUGAACACUUACCAGCCGGCGAUGCAACAAGAUGUCUAA